AUGGCUUUUGGACUUUGCUCCAAAUUUCAACUUUCAACUUACAAAAGGACAAUUUUAUCAUGGUUUUGGCUGUCAGGCAGACGAGAUAAAGGUGCAAGAUUGUGUAGAAGUCAUUCAAGUGAUGUGAAAGAUGAUUUAUGUAAGGUACUUUAUUUGAAUAGUUCUGGUUCUGAUAAUCGGUCGUUUACCGGUCAAAUUGCAAAUGAAUUUCUUGCGAAAUAUAGAGCACUUCACUCGGGGCACGUGAUUGAAGAAAUUCAUCUCUGGGAUAAGAAAUUACUAAGCUUUAGUUUAUCUCAUGUUGAGAGUAAAAUGAGAAUUGCAUCCGGUCAAGACAGCCCAGAGGAUAAACUAAAACUUGUAGCAGUGAAAGAAAUGACUUCUCAACUUUUAGCUGCCAACAAGGUUGUAAUCAGCUGUCCUAUGUGGAACUAUAGUGUGCCCUAUGUACUCAAACAAUACAUUGACUGUGUCGUACAGUCUGAUUUAACAUUUUCUGACACCGCUAACGGACCAGAAGGGCUCGUUACUGGACGUCCAUUACUCCUAGUUACUUCGUCAUCGUCAGACUUUACUAACGAGCCAAUGAAAUCGCUGGAUUUUCAAGUACCAUAUUUAAAAGCUAUUUUUGGAUUUAUCGGCUUUCGAGAUUUUCAUCAUAUUUAUAUUGGGAAUACAAAACACAUUAAGAGAGAGGAAUUGAUAACAUUUGCAAGACAAAGAAUUGAGGAAGAAGUCAGCAGGUUUUAA